AUGCCCACCACGUAUCCGGAAAACACAAUGGAGAGGGAGGGCGGGUGUGGAAUGAGCAACGCGACAGCGGGCGCUGUUCCCUCUGCGUCCCAAAGAGCUUGGCGGACGGGACCCCCCGCGGGUGACUCCUUCUGCGCGUUCUCUUCUCUUUCUUCAAACACGAGAAACGGUGACCUGGACAGGUCAUCUGCCGUGGCACUGCCGCUCGCGGCGGCGCCCCGCGCGUCCACCUCUCAUCUCGGUUCUCCGGCGCUCGUGGACUGUGUUCGCGGCCACGAUGAGCCACACUUCCUCGACUCUGUGCCGUCUUGGGGAGGCACUCCCCGAAACCCGACCUCCAGACUCGCCUCCAUCUUCUCUCCCGCCGAGCCGCUCCACUCGCGGCGGCCGCUCGGGUUUCCCCUCCUCGUUCAGCUGCUCCGCGGCCGGCUCCACCUCCCGGCGCCGUCGCAUGCGGCGACCUUGCCUGGCCGCCUCGUCGCGCCUGGCUCGGUGGGAUCAGCCCUCGUAGGCGAUCUGGACGCGUUCAUGUUUUCGGGCCGCCCCCCCGUUGGCUUUGAGAACUUUUUCCCGAAGCGCAGUGCCAAGUCUCCGAGGAGUCCGCGAGAGAUUCCCGACGGCGAAGCGAGCGAGAGGCGGAAAGAAGGAAGAGAGGACACGAAGGCGCAGCCGUCGACGGGAAGAGCCUCCCCUCAACCUCCGAGAACCGGCCUGUUUGGGUGGCAACUGGGAGGCAGUGAACAGCCGACGAGCAAGGCCCCGGAGUCGUCUCAGGAGCAAGGCACACGGCCCUCUGCUGGGAAAUCGGAUGACACCAUCCCGACGCCGCCUCCUGUCAGAAUGCGGCUGUACGGCAAGGCCGGCCAGGGCCGAUCAGAUGAGCAGAGGGAGAGGGAACGCCUGGCAGAGGAGAAGUUUUCGCCCCCGAGGCGACCGGAGCCGUCUCCUCCUCCGCCGCCGCCCCCUGGCAGCCUCGGCGCCAUUCAGCGGGAAAUGCUCAAGUUGUUUGCCUGGUUCGGUCUGUCGACGUUCUUCGUCUAUUCUCUUCUCAAAUCCAGAAGAGAGGAAAUGUCCAUGCAGGAGUUUUUGUCCAAGUACGUGGCAAACGGUUUAGUGGAACGCGUCGAAGUUCUCGGAGACCGAGGCGAGUGCCGCGCGAUCGUCUACGUCUCCCCCCCGGGAACGGCGACGCCCGGGGGGCCUGCGCCUGGCGAGGCAGGGGCUGCCUCGCCAGUUAAUGGAAGCGUCUCCUUUCCUUCUGCGAACGCGGGCACGGAGAGGGGAGUCUUCACUGGCCUCGCGCUCCCUCCACACAAAGCCGUCGUCCGGUUCCGGACAGGACUGAGCGCCGAAAGCUUCAUUGAGAAAAUGGAAAAUUUCCAGGGUUCGCUGGGCAUUCACCCCCGCGAUUUCCUUCCAAUCUAUAUCAGCGAUCAUCAAGAGUUCCAUCUUUUCGACUUCUUGGGCUCUCUGUUCUUGUUCGUUCUGAUCGCAAACAUGGUCAGCGAGGUUAUCUUCAUGAGACGAAUGAGGAAAGGCGGAGGCGGAGGUCCGGGGGGCGGCGCAGCUGGGGGACUGAAUCGCCUCCUCGGCAACAACGCCUCUCGACGGGCGCGGGUGAAGGCUGAAACAGUCAAAGUUCGCUUCUCUGACGUGGCAGGUGAGAGUUCGCGAGAAAAGCUGAGAAAGCAGCUGUACAGGAAGUGCUUUGAGUUCGCAGUCGCGGCCGUCUCGUUGCCUCUCGGACGCGCCACCACUGUCUUCUUCCUGACGGAGAUCUGUGUGUGCUGCUCUGCAGGUUUGCACGAGGCCAAGAGGGAGAUCCUCGAAUUCGUCACCUUCCUGAAACAUCCGCAGUCUUUCCGACGCCUCGGCGCGAAGCUUCCCAAGGGUGCCUUGCUCGUGGGGCCUCCUGGGACUGGAAAAACUCUGCUUGCCAAGGUGAACUCCUUUCCGCUCGUAUCUGUAGGCUGUCGCUGGAGAGGCAGGGGUGCCUUUCUUCUCGAUGAGCGGCAGCGAGUUCGUGGAGAUCUUCGUGGGCGAACGAACCGAGAUGAUCUUCUGGACGACGCUCUCAAGCGGCCAGGCCGAUUCGAUCGCCUGGUGCAAAUCCGGCGCCCGGACGUUGCGGAGAGAAAGGAAAUCUUCAAAGUCCACCUGAAGCCUCUGCGACUCGCCCCGACGAUCGACUCGGUCGCUCUGGCGGAGCGAAUGGCGGCGCUGACACCAGGAUUCGUUGGAGCGGACAUUGCGAAUCUCUGCAACGAAGCCGCCAUCCAGGCAGCCCGCAGAAGGUCGAAACUCGGUGUCGAACAACGGGAUUUCGAAGCCGCAACGGAGCGAACCAUCGCCGGUCUUCCUUCGCCUGUCAAGGAUCUUCUUUCCACCUACCAACGUCGUGCAGUUGCUUACCACGAAUGUGGACAUGCUAUUGCGGGAUGGUUCUUAAAGCAUGGAAAUCCUGUGUUGAAGCUGACCAUCAUCCCACGCAGCAGCGGAGCUCUGGGCUUCGCUCAGCAAAUGCCGCCGACAGUGGAGUUGCACGAGAAGGAUGCACUCCUGGACAGAAUCGCGGUUCUUCUCGGGGGCCGCGCAGCAGAAGAAAUCUUCAUCGGCGCCGUCUCCAGCGGGGCGGCUGACGACAUUCAGAAGGCCUCGCGCCUGGCGAGGAUGUCGGUGAUGCAGUUCGGGAUGAGCGACAAGCUCGGUUUAGUCGACUACAGCCUCCAGCAAGGCGGCGAGCAAAACUUCUACAGGCCGUACUCGGAACACACGGCGAAGCUUAUCGACGAGGAAGUCAACAACAUCAUCAAUGACCAGUACGAGCGAGUGAAGGCUCUGCUGAAGGAGCGGGAGAAGGAGGUCCACAAGUUGUGCGAGUUGCUGAUAAAUCGGGAAAGCAUCACCUACUCGGAGAUUCUCGAGUGCAUUGGCCCGCGCCCGGUGCCGCCCGACCCGCAGAUGGCGGCUUAUAUUCAGGCACUGCCGACGCGCCCGCGUCUUCCGUCGUCCGAGGCGGUCGAUGUGAAGGCCGAGGCAGAAGGGACAGAUGACAGCACAGGCGACGACGAUGGAGACAACUCAGGCGGCAGCCCAGAUCGAGACCUCGACAACAACGACGACGCAAGCAUGCCCGAGAAAGUGAAGGAAAAGGUGCGCGAGGCUGCGGAAGCCGUUGCGAGGCGCAAUCGGUCGUCGGGGCCCGUGGCGUGCAGAGCAGAUAAAGACAGAACAGAGUGA